GCCACAACUGAAAAUAACAUUUCAUAAACCAUUAUUUUGUCAUUCUGUUUUCUAACCCAAGCUUUGAAACAGAAUGUCUACGCUAUCUUCGAAUAAUAUUUACUACUCUACACUGGGCAGACAUCUGAAACAUGAGCUGAGUGGUGUUGAAUUCAAGUUGUCUGAUAAAAUCCAACUCAGAGGGAAUUUCAAGGAACUGAAUAAGCUGGUAUUUAAAUCUACCAAUGGUACUGAUAAAUAUAAAUACAGCUUUGAUCUUGAGAAGUCAGUGAUUGAUGAUUUUAAUGUUCAUGAAAUCAGUAAAUUAUCAGUGAAACAGAGAUGAAAGAUAGAGGAAUUUUCCCAGACUGGUGCCAAGUAUUAAAUGUUGUGAUGCUUUCAAACUGAAAGACUUUUAUUCCACUUUAAUAAUUCCUUAUUGUUUUUUACGCAUUUUGUAUGGCGCUUUAAUUUCUAUGUUAUUUAUUUGAAAUAUAUAUUUGGCUGUUUUUACAUUUGCAAAAUUAACUAAUUAGUGCUUUAUUUUGAAUAGAUUUUUUGUUGUGAUAUUUGUUAAAAUUCUGUCUCAUUAAGACUAAAAAUUGCAGCUGAUUCUUUUUGAGAUACAGGCAAAGACAACUAGAUAUACAGUCAUAAGUUUUAUGCCUGUUUCAAGAUGAGGAAGGGUCAUAGUACUCUUAGUGAUGUGUUUUAUUCCGUUUUAUCUGGGGGUGCCAAGGGAUUUGAGAUAUACCUUUCAAGGGGAGGUAAUAAGAAUUUGCAGUGUGCUGAAGGCAAGACAAUUCUAAUGUACAGUAUAGAAUCAGCAAAUGAAGAACUCUUUGAUUUAUGUCUCAGCAAACAAGUGGACUAUAAUUUAGUGGAUGCAAAAGAAAAUACCAGUUUACAUGUGGCAGCUGUUUCAACAAAUCUAUAUUUCUUAAAAAGGCUUCUUAAAUAUUGCCCGAACAUUGACUUGGAUAGUCAAAAUUAUACAGGAAAUACACCUCUCAUGCAAGCUGUUCUGGAAGGACAAGCCCAAGCUGUGUUCUUAAUACUCAACAGUGAAUGUGAUCCUAAUAUUCAAAAUAAAGAUGGUAAUACAGCAUUA